AUGUGUAAUACAGUCGCCUUUAACACAGCAUCAUUACUGCUGUUAAUAUUACUGUCGAGUUUUGGAAGGGAUACCUAUGCCAUUGUCUGCACUUAUAUGGGUGAACAGCAUAACGAUGGUGAUCGAUGGAUAGUUCGAUCAGCAUUCAUUAUCAAAUGUCACGUUUAUCCUGAUGGAUCCUGGCGAGCUGAUGUUGUCGGAUGUCAAACACCGAAAGGUACCGAAAUGCAUGAUGGUGACGAGAUAGUAGAGGAUGAUAUGACGUUCCAAUGUGCAAAGCUGCCAUCAGGCGGAUAUCAAAUGCAGAAACAUUAUGUAAUUCGAAAUAUUAGUUGUGAAGGGCAUGACUUCGGAGAGUGGUGGAUCAGUAGAAGGAAUUUCAAUAAAACUUGCACACCAACGGGGACACAUAUUGUGAAUUGCUUAACGGACACCGGUAUUCCGAUUAGACUAAACACAUCCCUUGCACUGAAUGGAACUCGAUAUAAUUGUACAGUGCAUAGCAAUGGUGUAGUGACCCUGACACGGGAUUUUCCGAGAAAUUUUCGUAUCGUACCGAAGAUUGAGCAAAAUUACUGCACUAUUAACGAUAUGCGAAAGAAAACCGGCGAAACAUGGAUCGAAGAUUCGAAUUUUAUUAAAAAAUGCAAUGAACAGGCUAGAAUCACUGUUGAAGCUUGUACCGCCGAUGGUUUCGUUAUCCAUCUCAAUUCGAAAAUUUCGCGUAAUGGUAAGUUAGCACAAAUGUUUGCGGAAUUAAAUUCCAUACGGGGUACUGAUUAUAUUGAUGGGUAA